UCCCACAGUUCAAGAGUUUCGUUAAGUUGGGACGUCAAUAUUAUCGCCCGUCUACAGUUAAAGCUACUCUAUUAUCGGAGCAGAUUAGCAUUCCUAAUAGCAUUACGAUUCUGCUCUUCAUAUCUUCCCCGAAUUAUAUCCAUCAUGUCGUUAGACGAUGUGGAUAAUGUGUCAGCUAUUCCUAAAACAAUGAAGGCCGCUGUGUAUCACCAGGCCGGCCAUCCUGCUACAUUCGACACCGUUCCAGUACCAAGCCCGGGAGAGCGCGAACUCCUCUUGAAGAUGCGAGCGACAUCGCUCUGUCAUUCCGACGUUGGGGUCAUAUCAGGAGAGUACGGGCCUGGCGUCUUCCCAAUCAUUGGAGGCCAUGAGGCAGUAGGCAUUGUCGCGGCGCUCGGCCAUGGAGCCUCCUCAUAUGGCUUUAAGGUCGGUGAUGUUGUCGGCGCCACUGCAUGGCACGGCGCUUGUCUAGAGUGCUCUGGUUGUAGCUACGGCAAGCAGUACUGUGACACACUUAAAGCCAAGGGUAUCAAUGCCCCAGGAUAUUUCGCCGAAUAUUGCGCCCUUGAUGCAUCCCUGGCUAUUCCGGUCACACCACCUGAUGGCGUGCCUCUCGAGCGCUUGGCGCCUGUCUUCUGUGCUGGUAUCACAGUGUGGGACGCAUUGGAACGCGCCAAAAUCAGACCUGCGGAGACAAUUGCUAUCAUCGGGGCUGGAGGUCUAGGCCAGCUUGCUGUUAAGUACGCAGCUGCACUCGGAGCAACUGUUAUCGCACUUGAUGUGCGGGAUGAGCAGCUGGAAGCUUGUAAGGCUCCUGACGGUACAGGUGCUUCGCACAUCAUCAAUACCUCAGGCCUGACAAGCCCCGAGUUGUGCAAGCGCGUGAGGGAGGUGAACGGUGGCAAGCUCUUGAACUGUCUCAUAGUCACUACCGGAGCGCUUCCAGCAUACGCUGCGAGUUUCCCAUUGGUAGCCCCAGAAGGACGAAUUAUUGCCGUUGGUGUGCCUCCAGGACCAAUCCCCGUUAGCGCGGCUUAUCUUUCCAGAAACAACAUCAGUUUUAUUGGCGCAAAGAUUGCUGGAACAGAGUCUGCUAUACGAUGUCUCGACUUCACUCUUUCUAGAAACCUUCUCCCAAAGAUUCAUCCUCGACAAUUCAAGCUCGAGGACCUUAACGAGAUGAUCGACUUAAUGAAAGCCGGGAAAGUGGAGAAUGGCCGGAUGGUAGUCUCAUUUAAGUAGAUUAUCACAGGAGUAUUGUAAAUGCCUUGGACGCACAUCGAAACGCUUUUCUAGUAAAAUUUUAUGGCCCCGAGUGUUUUCUUGACUUUGCUGGUGGGUGCUACAUAGCUGACAAACCAGCUCUUCCGCAAGCUGUCGACGUUCCGAUUC